AUGCGCUCGCAGUUGAAGAAUAAGGAGAAGGCGAUGGCCGUGCUCCGAUCUCGGCUGCUGGCGCAAGAGGUGGAGCGACAACAGGCGGAGAUUCGCAGGACGGAAGUCGCAGCGCAGGUGCUUCUCCGCAACACGCUUGGAAUAGACCGAGCGACCUUCCACGCCUCCCCGGACCGCGAACUGAGCCACGAGGACGCAGAGGCGUUCCAUGGCACCCUUGAACGGCGGAUCGAGGGAGAGCCACUUUCUUACAUCACGGGACACAGGGAGUUCUACGGUCUCGAUUUCGUCGUGACGCCGGACGUGCUGGUGCCGCGACAGGAGACGGAGUUCCUAGUCGAGGCAGUGUUGGGGUAUGCGCGGAGUCGUGGGCGCGACGGGGGCGAUCUGACGAUCGCGGACAUCGGAACCGGGAGUGGGGCGGUCGCGGUCGCGCUGGGGUGUCAUCUUCCGAACGCGGUCGUGUAUGAGCGACAGGACGUGAGCCGUAGGGGAUACGUGCGCGUCGCGAGACGAGAAGUCGCAGAGCACGGACAUGGCAGGUCGAGUCCGCCUGCGGCAACACGCGAUCUGUUCGAGGCGCUGGACGGACCUGUGGACGUGGUAGUGUCGAAUCCGCCCUAUCUGAGCGACGACGAGGUAGCCGAGCUUCCGCCGGACGUCAGCGCGCAGCCGACGCUGCCUCUUGCCGCCGGACGCCCUGGACGGGAUGACGCGUGCUGCGCAGGUUGA